AUGAAGCUUUCUUUCAAGUCUUACCAAGCUGCCCUCUUGUUGGCAUCUGCUUCUUCCGUUCUGGGGGCUAGCCACACCGCUUCAGAACCAUGCAGCACUACGUGGAAGUGUCAUCCGGUCAAAACAACACCAACUUUGGAUGCUGACCACAGUGAUUGGGCAGACGUCGAGGCUUAUACCUCGUCGCUUGUGUUGAUCUCUGGAACUGAGUAUGGCGAUGGUGACCUAACCGCCAAGUGCCAGUAUGACUCGGAGAACAUCUACUUUGCCUUCGAGAUCCCUGGCAAGUACCGCUUCAGUGCUACAGAUAACCAUCUUUGUGCUGCUAUUGCUACUAUGUUCAAGGUUGGAUCCGAAGCUACCUACACAAACAUGGGUGGCUGUCCAGAUGCUAUUUCUGGAUGUGCAGAUGGCGUUCCAGACACCUGUACUGACUACCGAGUUGACAUUGGUGCUCACUGGGAGUUGGCAACGACAGAGCAACGUACGCUCUACCCUGUCAACAACACCGCCACAGCAGGUACAGGUAACGAUCCUAUUGCCAACAAGGACGAUGAGUACGCAGUCAGCUCUUAUUGCCGCUUCGAUGAUGACGAUGCCAAUGCCGGUAACGAGUGGGCAGGAGCGUGGGCCCAUACCAGUACCAACGCAACCGAGGGCGAAGACGGAACCUACCACUUUGAAAUGUCUCGUCUUCUCAAGACACCUUCUUCGAUGACUGAUGCGCAGCUUACAGCUGGUCAAACCUACGAGUUUGGAGUGGCCUACUGGGACCCUCAUCAAUCGAACGAGACAGGAUGGACAGCAAUUAAUCACUACAUCACAGGAUGUGCCAGCAAGUGGAUUGAGCUUGAGCUUGUAUCCGACGAAGGCGACAAUUCAGCUCCUGCCGCAGGCGAUAGCAGCAGCUCAGCGCUUGGUCUUAGCUCGAUGGUAGCUGCAAUGGCGGUUGGAUCGGUUGUUUCGUGGAUGUAA